ACUUGAGAAUCUCACUCUUAAAAGACCAAGUCCCAUGGCGAAACUCACUCGUUUUGACUCCAAAACACACUCACCCCUCCAUUUAAAACCUCUACCUGAGCCACUCCACCUUUGCAAUUCCCACUCCCUCACCAGCCCAUCAAGGAAAAUUCCAAUGGCCCACCUCAAUAUCUUUUUCAUUUUGCUUCUACUCCUGGGUCUACAAGGAUCCAACGGUUCAGAUUCAUUCCCACAGCGUCGAUCAUUGCAAGAGCACCACGAGAGGUUUCUACAUUCCAAGACCGGCCACGCAAAGCAUGGUUGUGGUGGCAAGAAUUGUGGGAGAAUAUUCCAUCCAAUAGGGUAUGGAGCUGACCCAACUGGUGUUCAAGAUAGCAGUGAUGCUUUCAUGAGUUGCAUAACUGAUGCAUUCGCAGUGCAAAAGGGGUUGCAACUGAUGGCUGGGAUCACUGAUUUGGGUGGUGUCGUCAUUGAUUUGCAAGGUGGAGAUUAUAAGAUUGGAAAGCCUAUUCGUUUCCCUCCAGCUUUUGGGAAUGUGGUGAUUCAUGGUGGGACACUCCGAGCAUCAUCCGACUUCGCACCAGAAGGCUACCUCAUCGAACUAUCUCAAGACGAAUCAGCAACAGCCAAGCUACUCAAGACAUCAGUCAUCCAAGAACAUGAAUUCGCAGACAUGAAACUCGGCCACGUCUCAUUCCAAUACGAAGACAUCACCGUCCGUGACAUCCUCUUCGACUCCAACUUCCGUGGAGGCGGCAUCGUUGUAAUCGACGCAGUCCGCACUCGCAUCGACAACUGCUUCUUCAUACAUUUCACCACUGAAGGAAUCCUAGUCGAAAGAGGCCAUGAAACUUUCAUCUCAAGCUCCUUCUUAGGACAACGCCUAACAGCCGGAGGUGACCCACAUGAGAAAGAAUUCUCCGGCACUGCAAUCGACCUCGCUAGCAAUGAUAACACAAUAACAGACGUCGCUAUAUUCUCUGCAGCAAUCGGUGUAGUUUUACGUGGACAAGCUAACAUACUCACUGGUGUACAUUGCUAUAACAAAGCUACUUACUGGGGUGGAAUAGGUGUGCAUGUGAAAUUAGCUGGAUUGGGGCAGACAAGGAUAGAUAAUUGCUACAUGGAUUACACUGGCAUUUUACUUGAAGACCCAGUUCAAGUUCAUAUCACAAAUGGAUUUUUCUUAGGAAAUGCUAAUAUCGUUUUAAAAUCAGUUAAAGGACGGAUAUCAGGAUUGAAUAUUGUUGAUAAUAUGUUUGCUGGGAGUGGAUGGGGUACACCGAUUGUGCAUUUGGAUGAGUCGAUGGGGCAGUUUACUAGCAUUGAUCAGGUUGUGAUUGAGAGGAAUAAUGUGAGGGAGAUGAAGUUGAAAUCAACGGUUGGGAAGGUGACUGUGGCAGGGAAGGGGACUCAAUGGGUGGCUAAUUUUACUUCGGAGUUGGUGUUUCCGAAUAGGAUAAGUCAUUUGCAGUACUCGUUUUAUAGUAAGGGUGGGACGUCGGGGUUGGCGACACAUGGGGUAACAUCUGUGAGUGGGAAUGUGGUGAUUGUGGGGACGGAUAAGGAGGUGGAUGGGGUGGUGAGUGUGAUGGUUGAUCAGGAUACUAAGGUGGGAGAGAAGUUGAACAUGUGAUGU